AAAUCAAACGAUCUCCAAUAAUUUUAUGCAUUUAACGAACUCGAUAAUUUCCUUUUCAGAGAUUGUUGAAAACAAAUAAAAAGAUGCAGUGGUUAUUAAAUAUUCAAAUACUUUUAAUUAUUAAUGCAAUAAAUGUAAUAUUCACAUUUACACAUAAUUGUGUUUUGCAUAAUAAAGAUUAUAGAUGUAAACUAGGAACAAAGACACCAUAUAGAUUUAUAUCCAAUUAUAAUGAUUCUCCUCUUGAAUAUUCAGGUUGUAUUUCAAAAAAAAUAUGGUUGCUUUUAAGACAUGGUACAAGAUAUCCUGGUAAAAAAUAUGCAUCAUCUAUGAUUGAGAAUUUGCCAAAAUUAAAAAAAAUUAUUCUAGAUAACUAUAAAGAAAACAAAACAAAAUUUACAAAAGAGGAAGCAGUUUUAUUUAAAGAAUGGAAAAUUAGUUUUAGCAAAGAUAAUAUCAUGAAAUUAACAGAAGAAGGUGAAGAUGAAAUGAUCGAUAUUGGAGAAAGAUAUCAAUCCAGAUUUCCUAAUCUUAUGCCAGAAAUAUAUAAUAAUCAAACUUAUAAGUUUAAAUACACUGCUACUCAACGCACAGAAGAAAGUGCUAAAAAUUUUGUUAUUGGUUUAUUUGGAAGAUACAAUAGUCAUCAAGUUCAGUAUCCAAAAGCAGAACAUAAGGAUCCUAUAUUAAGAUUUUAUAAACGUUGCGAACGUUGGCGUUCUGAAAUUGACAAAAACCCAAAUUCGCGCGUAGAAAAAGACAAAUUUUUGAAAAGUGAAAUUUAUAAGAAAAUGUUAGAUGAUGUUUCUACACGUAUUGGUUAUCAAAUUAAUCACGAAAAUAUAUAUUUAAUGUAUUUGAUGUGUGGAUUUGAAACAGCAUGGAAUAAAAAUUUUGAAUCACCAUGGUGUAAAGUAUUUUCAUUGAAUGAUUUCAAGAUACUUGAAUUUGCUGAUGAUUUGGAAUAUUAUUGGAAUGAUGGAUAUGGCUAUAAAUUAUCUUAUGAACAAGCAUGUCCUGCUUUGAGAGAUGUUUUUAAUUUUUUUGCGUCAGAUGAAAGAUUGUUGGUAUCGGCGUAUUUUACCCAUUCAGGCACUAUUUUAAAGUUGCUAACUUUAUUAGGAGUUGCAAAAGAUGAUCAACAUUUAACACACGAUUUAUUUUCGUUAUAUGCUGACGAUAGAGCUUGGAGAACUGGGAUUAUUGAUACUUUCGCAUCUAAUAUUGCAUUCAUUUUAUAUAAUUGUUCUGGAAUUUCCAGUGUUCUUUUUAUGCAUCAGGAAAGACCAUUAUAUUUACCAGGAUGUCCUAUAAAUAUACCAUGUUCAUUGUCCACUAUGAAAGCACUUUAUCCUGAUCAAGAAGAGGAGUGUCAAUUUGAAAGAAUGUGUUCAAUGAAGGAAUCAUCAUAAAAUAAUGCAGAAUUACGAGUUUAAUUUUAAAAAUUAUAUUAUUACAUGUUUUUAUAAAUUUCAUUAUAUUGAAACAGAAUAAAAUGAGUGAAUUGAUUGUUUUUUUAUUUUACAAAAAAA